AUGAGUACUCCGAUAGUUAUAAUACGAUUGUUGAUUUGUACGGUGAUAUUCAUACUACCAUGUUGCAAAGCACAUCGUGGUUAUAUUGAAUGGUACCGUGAUCUCAAGACUUCCAGAUUAGACGAAGCAAUCAAAAUAGGUGUUGAAAAAGUUGAAAACAGGUAUCGUUCAGAGGAUAUUAUAUUAUCGAAUGUCAGUCGUCUGACAAUGGGAAGCCCGGCUCAUGGACAACUGAUUGAAUCUAUGCCUUCCAAAAACGGACAUUCAGCGUCUCGAACUGCUGAAAUUUUAAUUGAAGCUUCAAAACAUUUAAGGAAUAGUUACGGGGUUUUUGAUGAAAGACAAUGUGGCAUAGAUUUAAGUAUAGUGAAUCUGACUGGGACAAUAUUGGGUGCGAUGUGUAUGUCUGAGUAUAACAACAGCAAUUUGUGCACCGGGAAGAACUUAGAUUAUCGUAGUGCUGACGGAUCUUGUAACAACCUGAAACGUAAUUAUUUGGGAAAGGCAAACACGGCUUAUAAACGUUUGCUGUUUCCAGAAUACACAGAUGGUAUUUCCGAAAUGCCAAAUUUUUACGAAAAAAAGCUGCCUGAUCCUAGAUUAGUGAGCACAACUUUGGUAAAAGACGAGGACUCGCCUGACCACACAAAAACUAUGAUGAUGGCGUACUGGGCGAUGUUUAUAGGUCACGAUCUAUCACACACGGCGGUUUCUACAAUGGGUAUGCACAUUAAACACUUAACAAUGAACCAAGCUACCCAUUAUUUAGACGCAUCGAUGAUAUACGGUACGUCGGAAGAACAGACAUUGUCGUUGAGACAAAUGUCGUUCGGCCUACUUUCGGUAGAAAAAAGAUGGUUUUUCGAUCCUAGUUCGGAUCUCAUGCCGCUGGAAACCAACGAUACGAACGUUUGUCAGAACGGCCCAGGCACGUGCUAUAGGGCUGGUGACACUCGAGCAAACGCGUAUCCACAACUAAAUGCCGUGUACACAAUGUGGGUAAGGGAACACAACCGGAUAGCCCGCGAAUUGUAUAAAGAAAAUCUCUUCUGGAGUGACGAAGAACUUUUCCGUGAGGCCAAGAAAAUCACGACGGCUUUCAUACAGCACAUCACGUACAACGAAUGGCUGCCAGCACUGCUUGGCGUUAACUACACCAAGGAAAACGGUUUGGGACUAGAAUACAGAACCAAGUACGACGAGACUGCCGACCCGAGUGUUAGCAACAGCUUCGCGACCGCGAUACUACCAUUCGCCAAUUCCAUGAUUGGCGAUUCAAUUAGUGGCUACCAAUAUAUAGACGGACCAUCGAAGGUACGAACACAUCCAGGAGGGCAGUAUGGCACCUUAAAGGGAAAUUACAACCAACCGCUUACAAUGAACAAGUCUUUGCAUAAUAUGCUACUAGGACUAACUGUGCAGCCUACACAAAAAGUCGAUAUGCUGUUUACAGAAUCAGUAAUUUUUUGA